UAAAUGAAUUUAUAAAACGAAUCUGUCAUAUAUCUGAAUUUUCUGACAUAUCAUUGAUAUAAUAACCUAAUCAAAUUGUUUUUUGUUUGAUUAGAUAUUCAAAAAACCGCUGGACACGUAUGCGGUUAACAAAAAUGAAUUGGAUUUUGAGAAAUUUUAUUUUCUCUAUAUUUCUGUAUCAAACAUGCUAUGGCGUGGUGAAAGAAAACUUCAAAGAAUGUAGUCAAAGUAGUUUUUGUCGACGCCUUAGGGAUAUCAAGCCCGAUAAUAGUAACUAUAUCCUUAAUUUGAAUACCUUGCAAGUGUCUGAGAAUGCAGUUGAGUCCGAGCUGUUGAACUCUGCAGAAAAUGUCAAGUUUAAGCUUGUCCUCACAGCACUUGCGGGAAACAUGUUCCGUGUAUAUGCUGAUGAAGUUUCACCCUUACAUAAGAGAUAUAGGGUAGAAAAUAUUCUGGAUGGAGAGCCACAAGUAGCAAGGUUGGAAGUCCUUAAAAGAACAGAAGAUGAAGUUGUUGUGCAGUCAGGUGACAAUAAAGCAAUUCUGAAAUCGAAGCCAUUCAAAAUUGAGUUUUACAAAAAUGACGCACUCGUUGCUGUGGUGAAUGGUCGAGGAUUGUUUACUAUUGAACAUCUGAGGGCAAAGAAUGUUCCACUGGAAGGGGAAGAAAAUCAAGUUGUACAAGAAGAUCCAGGUAUGUGGGAAGAAAAUUUCAAAUCCCAUCAUGAUAGCAAGCCAAGAGGCCCCGAAGGAGUAGCAUUGGAUAUUACUUUCCCUGGAGCUUUGAGGUUAUAUGGUUUACCCCAACAUGCCGACAAACUUGCCCUGAGAACAACGGGAUCAGGAGGUUUGGACCCUUACCGAUUAUAUAAUUUGGACGUUUUUGAAUAUAUCAUCGAUUCGACAAUGUCUUUAUAUGGUGCAGUUCCUGUUGUAUAUGCUCAUUCCACUUCCAAUACUGUUGGAGCAUUCUGGUUGAACCCAUCUGAAACUUGGGUAGAUAUCAAUAACAGCAAGGAUCAAAACGUGGUCUCAUCUUUGGUCAAUCUGGUAUCUGGCCAGGCUUCCGAAAGCAGGGUGGACGUCCAUUUCAUGAGCGAGAGCGGUGUGGUCGAUCUAUUCAUCCUUAUGGGACCAAUGCCAAAAGAUUGCGCCAAGCAGUAUACUCAACUUACUGGUGUCGCACCUUUGCCCCAGUACUACACCCUGGCCUAUCACCAAUGCCGCUGGAACUACAUAACCGAAGACGAUGUGACCUCCGUUGUUAAGAACUUCGACGAACACGACAUGCCGGUCGACACCAUGUGGCUUGACAUCGAGUACACCGACGGCAAAAAGUACUUCACUUGGGAUCCCAUCAAGUUCCCCCAUCCCGAUCAAAUGUUGAUGAACCUGACCUCAACCGGUCGUCAUCUGGUUAUCAUCAUAGACCCCCACGUCAAGAGAGAGGGCGGAUAUUUCUUGCACGAGGAUGCCCUGUCCAACGAUUAUUAUGUCAAGACGAAGGAUGGAAAUGUUUACGAAGGUUGGUGCUGGCCCGGCUCAAGUAGCUAUCCGGAUUUCUUCAACCCCUCCGUCUUCAACUAUUACAAGGGCCUUUACUCAAAGCUGAAAUACGACAACGUCAAUAACGACAUCAUGAUCUGGAACGACAUGAACGAACCAUCAGUGUUCAACGGUCCUGAGAUCACCAUGCCCAAGGAUUGUGUACAUCACGGUGGCUGGGAACACAGGCACCUCCACAACAUGUACGGCAUGGUCUAUACCGCAAUCACCUACGAGGGUCUGCUACAAAGGAAUCCGAACAAACGUCCCUUCAUUCUCUCUAGAGCUCAUUUCGCAGGCACCCAAAGAUACGCAGCCAUCUGGACUGGAGAUAACAUGGCAGAUUGGCACCAUCUGGCUAUUUCCUAUCCGAUGUGCCUUUCCGAAGCCUUGGGAGGUAUCAGCUUUUGCGGCGCCGACGUUGGAGGCUUCUUCAACAAUCCGGAAGUGGAGUUGUUGCAGAGGUGGUAUCAGGCUGGGGUGUGGCUUCCGUUCUUCAGGGCCCACGCUCACAUCGACACCAGACGCAGGGAGCCCUACCUGUUCGCAGAAGACGUACGUCACCGCAUAAGAUCGGCCUUGAGAUUGAGAUACGCCCACUUGCCCUUGUGGUACACCCUGUUCUACGAGCACGAGAAGUUUGGGGAACCCGUUAUCAGACCGCUGUUCUACGCUUUCCCCAAAGACCCCGAAGUGGUCGAUAUCGAUAACCAACUUCUUGUCGGAGAUUCAGUGUUGGCUCAAGUGAUCUCCGAACCUGGAGCCACCUCGGCUAAGGUUUAUCUGCCCGGAGGAUCUUCCCAGUAUUGGUACGACAUAAGAGAUUCCAGGAAAUACGUUGGAGAUGGUUACACCAGCUUAUCUGUUAACUUGGAUUCGAUUCCACUUUUCUACCGAGGUGGCAGCAUAAUUUCGAGGAAAGACAGGCCUAGACGAUCUUCUACCUUGAUGCAUAGAGAUCCGUACACCCUGAUAGUUGCCCUCGAUAGUAAUAAUUCCGCCAAAGGAACCUUGUACAUCGAUGACAACGAGAGUUUCGAAUAUAGAAAGAAGAAGUAUCUCUAUAUUCAGUUCGAGUACAAGGACAAGGUAUUUACAAGCAGAAUGAUAGACAACACAGAUUAUGAAACCUUGGAAUGGAUUGAAAGAGUUAUUAUAGUAGGAGCACCUUUGGGAGUUGAGAAAGCUGUUCUCACUUCAAAAAGUUUGGGAACUGUAAAUUUGGAGACCCAUUAUGGUGAAGAUACCCUCACCAUAAGGAAACCGGGUGUGAGUGUUCGAGAAAGUUUCACCAUUAACUUAAUUUAGGCGUUUAGGCUGUUGUAGAACAAUUUAGUAUCAGUGAUUGAUGUAUCCUGAUUACUGUAAUUAAUUCUCAGUUUUUAUAAGAGUUGUUUUCAAUUCAAGCUAGUAUGGUGUUCAUUUUACAAUAAAUAAAAUGUUUAAAUACUCUA